AUGAGAUGUGUCAAGAUCGUUCCAAUAAAGGAGUACAUAAAGGAAGACUUUGAACUUCAUCUUUGCUCUGCUGCAUUCUUUAGUCCAAUAUGUUACAACUGGUUAGUUGAUGGAUGUGGAGCUAUAGAUGAAGAAGUUAUCAUGAAGCCAGAUAGAUCAACUUACAAAGUAUUACCUUAUUAUCCAACUCACGCAGCAGUUUUAUGUAAUAUUUAUGACUGUGAAGGCUUACCCUGGAAGUAUUGUCCUAGACAAUAAGUCAUUUAAGCUACUGAAGUACUAUAAAAAGAACAUGGACUUGAACUAAAAAUAGGAUUCGAAGUUGAGUUCGCCAUUUUUAAUUAAAGUUUCGAGGCUGUAGAGCUCAAUGGAUACUCAAACUCUAACUCUACAGACUUGUAUGCAUUCCUCCUUGAUGAGAUUUGUAAUAACCUUGAAUUACUCGACAUUGAAGUACUAGUUAUUCAUAAAGAAACUGGUCCAGGAUAGUAUGAAAUAGUUUUGGGAUAUGAUAGCGCGUUAAAGUCAUUAGACAGAUACUUUAUGGCGAGAGAGGCAAUUAAAGCAGUUUUGAGAAGAAAUGGAUUAAUAGGCACUUUCAUACCUAAGAGUUCAUCAAUUACUUAGAAUGGAGCUCAUGUUCACAUGAGUCUCUGGAAAGAUGGAAAGAAUAUCACAGUUGAUAAUGAAGCGAAGCAUCAAAUGGGCUCAACUGCAAACAGCUUUUUCGCUUCUUUGCUAGAAGCUCUCCCAGCCUUUAUCUCUUUUAUAUCACCUACUUACAAUGGGCUGAAGAGACUUUAACCAAGCGUAUGUGUAGGAAGUAUGAUCUCUUGGGGGAUCAAAAAUAAAGAGGCCCCUCUAAGAUUCAUGCCGAUGCAGAAAAAUAUCGAAUUAAAGACCUUAGAUCACACCGCUAAUCAUUACUAUGUCUUAGCAGCUAUCAUCAAUCUAGGGAUGAUUGGUAUAAAUGAGUCAAAACUAUUGCCCGAACCACUCCCAUAAAACCCUAAACUUAACGCAUUUAAACAUCUUCCUUCAAGAUGGGAUGAUGUGCUUUUAUAUCUUGAAAGCGAAUCUGGGGAUCUGCUUAGAAAGGCAAUGGGAGAAGAGUUUAUAAAUUUAAAUAUCAAAGUUAGAUAGUACGACAUUGAGCAUUACUUUAAACUUACAUUAGCAGAAGAAAUAAAAGAUUUGACUAUUAGAUAUUGA